AUGGCACCAGACUACCUGAAGGCCCACACAGAUGGAAAGCAAAUACCGAAGGGCACGACACCAGGCCGCCGGUCACGAUGGGGCGUUCACGGAUGUCAAAGAAACUUUGUUUUCAAGCCAUCGACGCCUGCUGAAAUCGAAUUCUAUCAAAAUAUUCAGUCGAAAACAACCUCGUCCGACGACGAUGCCGGGCAACAAGUACCCCUGGCAGCGUGGAUGCCGACGUUUGUAGGAACAUUAGUCACGGGGGUUGCUGAGAAUGUUUCUAUCGAAUCGUGGGCGCCACACACAGAUCCAGAGCUAGCAGCACAUCUUGCGUCGUUGCGGACCAACCCCGGUUUGGUCCCGAAGGAAAACCCAAUCUUGGUGCUAGAGAAUUUGUUAGUGGGCUUUAGCAAACCUAACAUCCUUGAUAUCAAGCUUGGCCGAGUCUUGUAUGAUGAGCUGGUGUCGGAAGAUAAAAAACUACGAAUGCAGAAAGUUAGUAAUGAAACCACCUCAGGGAGCUUAGGGAUACGUAUCUGUGGUAUCAAAAUGCAACGGACUUCAAAAACGGAGCUUUUGAACCCUAGUUUCUACCAGAUGGACGAGGAAAACUACGUAGCUAUUAACAAGCUCUACGGGCGGGCGCUAGCGGGCGAAGAGGUAGACGACGCUUUCAAGCUGUUCUUUGGGAAUGAAAACCUGAGCGAAGACCAAAUUCGUAUACUUUACAACGUCUUCUACAAACGAUUGAUGUUAUUUUAUAACACUUUGCUUGACGAAGAAAUACGAAUGGUGUCAUCAAGCUUAUUGUUCAUAUACGAGGGAGACUCCGCCUGUUGGGAAGAGUUGAACAAUGAACACGAGCUAGUCAAGGGCUCUAUACUGUCGUACCUAAGUGACAGUGAUGAGGAAGAGGAGGCUGACGAAAAGCAAAAAUACUUGAGCUCUUUGUCGUUGAUCGAUUUUGCACACUCAACACUGCAACCUGGUGCAGGCUACGAUGAAAAUGUCAUCGUGGGUGUGGAAUCGCUUCUGAAGGUAUUUGAGAGGCUUACCACCAGCCAUUAG